AUGGUCAUGAAGUUUGUUUGCAAAGACUUGCGCCUUGGCAACAGAAUUUGGUGGACCUGUCUCUUCAAAAAGCCUGCAAGCCGACUUCAGGUGGACAAGCAAGGGCGUUAUCUGAUCCAAGACCACGGCUUCCGCUGGUUUGAGAGUUUCCCCAUUCUUCCCGCGGAGUCUUCCCGCACGGUCAACUCGAGUUCAACCGAGGAAGCUUCCAUUCUGUCAGAGCUGAAUGAGUUGACCUCCUUGCACUUGGCCCUUCCCUGCGGGCUGUUGCAAGGAGCUCUCUUCGGGCUGGGUUUGGAACGGCGCAUCCUUGUGGAGGCUACGCCUCCCUCGGUGACCUUCACCGUGGCAAAGGCUGCCUCUGCCAUGGCUUCUAGCACUGAAGCUCCUGCGGACCACUUGCUCUCUGCAACCUCGUCAUCGCAGCUGGAAGAGGCUCUCGAUGCAGCGUUGAGGGCGCAUGCGCCGCGAAAAGCCUUGGACCACGCUUGGCAGAAGAAGGCGGGAGAUCGGUUUUCUCCCAGGUGUGCGCAAGGCGCAAGGUUGGCAUUUCUCAUAUUGAAAGGAAGACGGUCAGGAAGUUGCUUUUAG